AUUCUCUUCUCUUCCCUUCUAAAACCCAACUAAAAUAAACCUUCUCUUCCCACCUCCUUCAAUCACUUACUUCCAUUACUCUUCACUUUUCUGUCGAAGUCUAUCCUGCAGAGGUACUCAAAUACAAAAAAGUUACUACUAUAAAAAAAAUUAAAAAUGACUAGUCAUUACGAGGAUAUAUACAGUGUCAGUGACGACUACAACGAGGACGACGACGACGACGAAGAAAUUGUUGAAGAAGAAGAAGAAAAUAACUCACAAGAAUGUAACAAAUUUCAAGAAGGUAGAAAUAAAGGAGAAUUAUUCAUAGAAUUUUUCUCAAGAAAUAAGAUAAUAGACCCUAGAGCACAAUGGGUUCAAGAAUGGAACAGAGUAUUUUUAUUAGCAUGUGCCAUAGGGCUAUUUUUAGACCCUUUAUUUUUCUAUGCUCUUUCUAUAAGUGAGAGUUGCAUGUGUCUCUUCGUCGACGGUUGGUUCGCCGUCACCGUGACGGCGCUCCGGUGCAUGACCGAUGCAUUGCACGUGUGGAACAUGUGGUUGCAAUUCAAGAUGAUCAACAGAUCGCGGCGAAAUCAUAUGGUGGCUCAGCCAUACUUUAAGGCGAAGAAGGGUUUCCUUUUUGAUCUCUUUGUUAUCCUCCCUUUACCCCAGCUAGUGAUGUGGGUAGGAAUCCCAGCUCUAUUGGAGAAAGGAUCAACAACAACAGUGAUGACAGUACUAUUAAUAAUGUUUCUGUUUCAGUAUUUGCCCAAAAUCUAUCACUCCGUUUGCCUCUUGAGAAGAAUGCAGAAUCUCUCUGGCUACAUCUUUGGCACUGUUUGGUGGGGAAUUGCUCUUAAUACCAUUGCUUAUUUUGUCGCCUCGCACGCCGUGGGAGCAUGUUGGUACUUGCUAGGAAUCCAAAGGGCAGCAAAAUGUCUAAAAGAACAGUGCAGAGUUACAAAUGGCUGUGGCCUCAAAAUGUUGGCAUGUCAAGAGCCAAUUUACUAUGGAACAAGUAAUUUAGUGAAGGAAAAAAGUCGAUUAAUUUGGGGAGAAACCAGUAAUGCAAGAUUUACAUGCUUAAACAAUGGAGAAAAUUUUGAUUAUGGAGCUUAUAAAUGGACUGUUCAACUUUUUGCAAAUGAAAAUCGUUUUGAGAAGAUACUUCUUCCCAUCUUUUGGGGUCUCAUGACUCUCAGUACAUUUGGGAACUUGGAGAGCACAACAGAUUGGCUAGAAGUGAUUUUCAUAAUCAUCGUUCUUACCUCUGGGCUAAUUCUGGUCACCAUGUUUAUUGGUAAUAUCAAGGUGUUCUUGCAUGCAACAACAUCAAAGAAACAGGCAAUGCAACUAAAGAUGAGAAAUAUAGAAUGGUGGAUGAGGAGAAGACAUUUGCCUCGAGAGUUAAAGCAGAGAACUCGAAAUUUUGAAAGGCAAAAAUGGGCAGCAAUGAGAGGAGUUGAUGAAUGUGAAAUGAUCAGAAAUCUGCCUGAGGGCCUUAGGAGGGACAUUAAAUAUCAUCUGUGUUUGGACUUGGUCAGACAGGUGCCUUUGUUUCAACAUAUGGAUAAUUUGGUGCUGGAGAACAUAUGUGAUCGCGUGAAGUCCCUGAUAUUUACUAAGGGCGAAACAAUAACAAAGGAGGGUGAUCCAGUUCAGAGAAUGUUAUUUAUAGUAAGAGGUCAUCUACAAAGUAGCCAAUUAUUGAGAGAUGGAGUAAAAAGUUGUUGCAUGUUAGGUCCCGGCAACUUCAGCGGAGAUGAACUUCUGUCGUGGUGCCUCCGGCGGCCUUUUGUAGAGCGGCUACCACCGUCAUCGUCGACACUCGUGACGCUCGAGACCACCGAAGCGUUCGGGCUCGAGGCCGAAGACGUCAAGUAUGUCACACAACAUUUCAGGUAUACAUUUGUGAAAGAAAAAGUGAAGAGAAGUGCAAGAUAUUAUUCACCAGGGUGGAGAACUUGGGGUGCUGUUGCUAUUCAAUUGGCUUGGAGGAGAUAUAAACAUCGUUUAACACUUACUUCUUUGUCAUUCAUUAGACCAAGAAGGCCAUUGUCUCGUUGUUCUUCGUUAGGAGAGGAUCGACUUAGAAUUUAUACUGCUUUGUUAACUUCACCUAAGCCAAAUCAAGAUGAUUUUGAUUUCUAAAAUCAUUUAAGAAAAGGCAUUUGUACUGAUAUAUAAUACUUAUAAUUUUCUUUAAUUCGAUUAAUUAUUAAAGGUGGUAUUCACAGUUACCAACAA